CGGAGCCGCCGAGGCGCGCUCUCGGGGAGGGGUGGCGGACCACCGGAGUCGGGACGAGGAGCUAGGUGUCCUGGUGCUCCCUGGAGCCAGCCGGACCGCGGCCGCCGCCUAGUGCCCCCUCUGGGCCCUUCGGGCGGCCGGGGCCCGACGCAGAUGCGCAGUCCUCAGGGAGGGCUCCCAUCUCAGGGACCAAGCCUCACUGGGGACGGACAAACAGACCCACUCCCGGCUGCGAGAGAGCCCUCCCUGACCGCGUGACCGACGGGCUCCCUGUCCCCUCCCAGGCGGGACACGCAGGUGCACACGCUGGCGGGAGAGACGGACCCGGCACGGCGCGCCUUCUGCCCUGCACUCUGCUGGCUGCGGGGUUGUCCGAUGCAGACCUGCUGACCCCUGGCUAGACGCUCUUCCCCUGUCCGCGCGCCUCGCGCCAAAAGGCCCGCACCCCAGACUGGCCCAAGCGCUGUUGGGGCGUCUCCAGCCUAAUCAUGGACCCAGAGUGCUCCCAACUCCUCCCGGCUCUCUGUUCUGUCCUGGCCGACCCCAGGCAGCCUGUGGCAGAUGACACCUGUUUGGAGAAGCUGCUUGACUGGUUUAAAACCAUCACUGAAACCGGGUCCAGCCUGCUGUUGGUACAGGAGAACCCCUGCCUGGUGACGCUGCUAUGCCACGUGCUAAAGCCCCAGGACCUGAGUCCUCGAGUCCUCGCCUUCUCACUGCGCCUGGCGGGUGUGCUUGCAGCUCAUGAAGAUUGUUUCCAGUACCUGCAGCAGGGGGAGUUGCUGCCCAGCCUCUUUGGGGAGGCAGGACCCCUGGGAGGAGCCGCCUGGGCUGCCCCCACCGUGCGCAGUGGCUGGAUCCAGGGCCUGCGCUCCCUGGUGCGGCACCCCAGUUCCCUGCGCUUCCUGGCCCACUGUGGUGCCGUUGACACCAUCUUCUCCCUGCAGGGAGACUCCAGCCUGUUUGUGGCCUCGGCAGCCGGGCAGCUUCUGGUGCACAUCCUGGGCUUGUCUAUGCAGGGCUCGGCUGAGGGACACCCCAGCCUGCCACCAGCUGAUUGGCCGGCAUGUGCCCAGAAGAUCGUGGGUCACAUCGAGGAGUCCUUGCGUUCCGCGGCCACCCCGCAGAUCGCACAGGCUCUAAAUGUCCUGACCACCACGUUCGGGCACUGCCAUGACCCUUGGACGCAAGUCCUGUGGGUGCGGCUGAGUCCCCUUGUGGCCUGUCUGCUCGAGAAAGACCCCGUCCCCGCUGCACACUCGCUCGUGGAUCUCCUCCUCAGCGUGGCCCGGUCUCCUGUGCUGAGUUCUUCCAGCUGUGGUCUGUGGGAAACUUUGGCACAGACUCUGAGCCGCCUGAGCCCCACCCAAGCAGGGCCGUUGGCUCUGGGGAUCCUGAAACUGCAGGAGUGCCCCCAGGCGCUGAGGGCCCAGGCCUUUGCUGUCCUUCUCCAGCCCCUGGCCUGUGUCCUUGAAGCCACUGCUCCGGUCAUUGGACUCCCAAGCUCACCAGAUGGCACUGCUGGUGCGUCGCUGACGGCGGACUCGCUCCUCCCCUCCAGGGCGGCCUGCGUGGGUCUCCUGUGCCGGACGCUGGCCCACCUGGAGCUGCUGCAGCCACUGCCCCAGCGCCCCUCUCCCUGGCCUCAGGCGCCCCUGCUCGGCGCCGCAGUGACCGUACUGCGGCUCUGCGAUGGUUCGGCAACCCCCACGUCUGAUGCGGGGCGCCACCUCUGUGCGUUCCUGGUGGGCUGCGUGCGGGUCCAGCGAGCGGCCCUCGAUUUCCUGGGGACACUAUCUCAGGGGGCAGGGCCCCGGGAGCUGGUGACACAGGUGUUCGCUGUUCUCCUGGAAUAUCUCACAAGCCCAGACUCCAGCCCCACGGUUCUGAAGAAGGCUUUCCAGGCCACAUUCCGGUGGCUCCAGAGCUCACCUGAGCCCCUUGGUGGCGGUGAUUUGGAGCCCCAUGCCCAGCUCUUCCUGAGAGAACUGCUCCCUGUGCUGCCUAAGCGCCUGUGCAGCCCCUGUUGGGAGGUGAGGGACUCCAGCCUUGAGUUCCUGACCCAGAUGACCCGGCGCUGGGGCGGGCAGGCCAGCUUCAGACGUGUGCUCCUCGCUUCCGAGGUACCUGAGCUCACCGAGCAGCUCCUGCGAGACCCUGAGAGUUACGUCCGCGCAAGCGCGGUGUCCGCCAUGGGGCAGCUUUCCAGCCAGGGGCUGUGUGUCACCCCUGCCAGCCCCGAGCACCCAGAGGCCCAGCAGAAGAGCCUGCUCGCGGAGCUCCUGCACAUCCUGUCCACAGACUCGGAGGGCUUCCCCCGGAGGGCCGUCAUGCAGGUCUUCACCCAGUGGCUAAGGGACAGCCACACCGACGUGGUGGCUAACACAGAGCGCUUUGUGGCCAGGGUGCUCCAGGUGGCAAGCCGGGAUCUGGACUGGGAGGUCCGGUCCCAGGGCCUUGAGCUGGCGCUAGUGUUCCUGGAGCAGACGCUGGGCCAGCCCAGCUCCCACUGUCCCUAUGCCGUGACCCCGCCCACGGUGGCCCCACUUAGCCCGGUGGCCCAGGCCCUGCGGCCACUCUGCCGAGUGCAGCUCUUUGAGUUUGCCUUUCGUGCCUUGUUUGACUGUGACCGACCCGUGGCUCAGAAGUCCUGUGACCUCCUCCUCUUCCUGAGGGCCAGGACUGCUUCCUACGGCGGCCUGGAGGACUCUGGGGGUGGCCCUGAUGCGGCCUCCGUGGAGGCCGCCCUGCAGAGGUGGCAGUCGGGUGAUCAGGGCCAGCCCCUGGGGGAGCUGGAGCCCAAGGCCGUGGUGGCUGUGCUGAGGUCUCUGGACCUGGAGGGCCUUCGAGGUGCGCUGGCCGAGAGCAGCGACCGCAUGGGGAAGAGCCCUCGCUCGCUCCUGCAGGAUGUGCUGGCAACGGCGGGCAUCCUGGGGGAGAAUGAGGCCGACUGCUACUGACACGCCAGGCGGCAGUCUCCCUCCCUUCCCCUGCGUCUCGUCCCUUCUGGAGGCCCUGCCGUCCUGAGAGCUCUGGCCUGGCCUGGCGGCACCAGGGACCUUUAGGGAGGCCAGGACCUGGUGAGACUGGCAAGGUGGGAGAGUGUGUUUUGAUGUAUUGUUAAAGAAAAGGCAUAUUUUUUACUCAAAGUAAACAGUGUUUGGCAGCA